AUUCUGCCAACGGUCGCGGGAAGCGGAGCAGUAUUGGCAGAACAAAUUGUGACAAUAUUUCGGGUAAACAAACAGUCGACUGGAGUAUUUUCACAGCUAGACACAAGUACUAAAUUCGUUUUUUUGUAGUAAAUAAGCGCUCAGCAUAAUAUUGUGUUUUCCGGUACGGUGUGCUCCUCAUGGGACGAAGCUAACGCGUUACCUGCUACUGUAGCUAGCUAACCGUUUUAACGUAUUUGCAAAGUUUAGUGAGCGAACGUUAGCUAAUUUAUUUAGGCACGUCAUUUUGGAUUACAAAUUGACUCAAGAUUGUAUCGCCAUGGGCACACAUGUCAAGCUACUCGGGAUAAUUUGAAAACGAUUUGGCUAGCUAGCCACAUUUACGUUAUAGCCAACUUUACUGCGCCUGGGAAGUGAUGAGUUUCAGUUGCCGAAUGUUCAUCGGUACGUCCCCGAAAAUGGGACCUAUUCGACAGAGACUAGACUUCAACCAGAGUGACGGAGAGGACGAUGGCAACAACAGCAUUGGAGCCGAGUCGAGUCUCGCCGAAAUGGACUCUCCAGUGCAAUCGCCGAGACAGAACUCCUACUUAAACCAAGACGUCUGUAACAGCAUCAUGAAGACUGCUACCGCGGAGGAUCGCGUUGAACAUUGGGAUGAGGAGGGAUUUGGAUGUCUUUUCCCCCUAAAAUCACCAGGGACUGACUUGAUGAAGGGGUCACUUUCUCCUAGAAAAGGGGCCCGGCCCUACUACAACAGCUCGUCCCCGGAAUUUUCCUACAAUCAGGAGGACGGGAGCUCUCCCAUUCCCGGUUGUCCCGACACACCGCCCCAUAAAACCUUCAGAAAACUCCGGCUAUUUGAUGUCCCCCACACACCUAAGAGUCUGUUGUCCAGAGCCAGGUCAGUGGCCACAGGAUCCACCAUCUGCCAGGUAGGAGUAGGUGUCAACAUGAAUGGGGACUCAACAGGAAGACCACACACAGACAGCAGGAGUACACAGGCACCCAUGAUCAACAUCAAUCCAUUCACCCCUGACUCAUUACUGAUCCAGAGAGCAACGUUACAAAGGAACAACCGAAAGCGAUCACAGAGGAAUGACUCAUGUGGAGAGGACAUGGAAGCCAGUGAUGCGGAGUGUGAAGAGGACAUCCUUCCACCAUCAAAGAGAAUGACUCUUCUGGAUAGCAACAUGAUAUCAAGAUAUGCCACAGAGUUUCAUGAGCUGGAGAAGAUAGGAUCUGGGGAGUUUGGCUCUGUCUUCAAAUGUGUGAAAAGACUCGAUGGCUGCAUCUAUGCCAUCAAACGCUCAAAGAAGCCCCUCGCUGGAUCUGUAGACGAACAGAAUGCACUCCGGGAGGUGUAUGCCCACGCGGUCUUGGGACAGCACCCCCAUGUGGUGAGGUACUACUCUGCCUGGUCAGAGGACGACCACAUGCUCAUUCAGAAUGAGUACUGUAACGGCGGCACACUGGCAGACGUGGUCACAGAGAACUACAGAACCAUGCGCUUCUUCUCUGAGCUGGACCUCAAGGACCUUCUCCUUCAGGUGGCCCGUGGACUGAAGUAUAUUCACUCCACCUCUCUGGUUCACAUGGACAUCAAGCCAAGCAACAUCUUCUUAUCCCGGAGGACUGUGGUGUGUGUCGAUCAAUUUGAUGAUGAUGAAGGACCAAAUACAAAUGUUGUUUACAAAAUAGGUGAUCUUGGCCAUGUGACCAGAAUGGACAAUCCUCAAGUUGAAGAAGGGGACAGCAGGUACCUGGCCAAUGAAGUCUUACAAGAGGACUACAGAAACCUCACCAGGGCAGAUAUUUUUGCCCUAGCACUGACUGUGAUCAGUGCCUCAGGAGCUGAACCACUCCCAACUAAUGGUGACAAGUGGCAUGACAUCAGACAAGGAAAACUACCUGCGAUACCUCAAGUGCUCUCACAGGAAUUCCCAAGUUUGCUGAAGGUAUGACUAGCAAUGACCAGGGUUGCUUUCCAAAUGGUACACUUUCCCUACAUAGUGCGCAUAUUUGACCUGAGCCCUGGUCGAAAGUAGUGCACUAUAAAGGGUUUAGGGUGCCAUGUUUGGUGCAGUGCUUCAUUCUGUAAUGGUGGUUUGUGUGCAGGACAGGCAGUAGUAAUAAUGUUUAAUUAGUGGUAUUAAUGUACUGUGUGCUGCAGUUGAUGAUCCACCCUGACCCUGCCAGUAGGCCGUCUGCCUCUUCCCUCACUAAGCACCCCGUCCUCCUCACUGCCUCCCGCAUGAGCGCUGACCAGCUUCGUGUGGAACUCAACGCAGAGAAGUUCAAAAAUGCACUACUGCAGAAGGAGCUGAAGAAGGCCCAGCAGGCAAAAGUAGCCGCAGAGGAGAAGGUUCUGAUCUCUGAUAGGGUCCUGACGCGCUCCACCCUCCAGUCCAGCAGGAGCUCCAGGCUCAUCGGCAAGAAGAUGAACCGCUCAGUCAGCCUGACCAUCUACUGAGCUGGCUAACUGCCAACCCAAAUGGGCAUCAGACAGGGUCGUAUUCACUAGACACGACAUGGGGGAAAAAACAGGCCAAAACGGAGUGGGACUACCUGAAAUUGUCCAAUUAGAAAUGCUUGUUUUUUGUUGCAAAACUUUUUCCUACUGUGUGCUCUAGUGAAUAUGACCCUGGUUGCACUCACCAGUGAACUGGGCAGGCCUCCCAUUCCAGACAUGGAGAGAUGGGCUUCAGAGUGUCAAAACCGACUAUGAUAGUUCUUACUGUUUGGCACAAGGAAAGGGUUAGUAAGACAAUGGACAAAAAUUAUUUGACUAAAGAGUGAAAGGGUUGUUACCUUCCCAAGCACUUGGCAUGUUCUGGCAAUUUGUGUUAAAUAACAAAGCCGAUUUUUGUUUUUAAUGAAAUGUGGGCGCAUGCUAGAACAUUCUGUUGCCAGUGUGAGGGUUUGGGAUGGUGUAAUACAAAUUUGCACCGUAGUCUGUUAUACCUGAUGUCAGGUACUGGAACUGGACCAUUGACUAGGAAUGAUACAAUGAGCACUUUGAACUUGCCUUAUGCAAACUGUUUUGCUCAGUUGGUAGAACAUGGCGCUUGUAAUGCCAGGGUUGUCGGUUCGAUUCUCACGGGGGACCAAUACGAAAAAAGGUAUGAAAAUGUAUGCACUCACUACUGUAAGUCGCUCUGGAUAAGAGCGUCUGCUAAAUGUCCUAAUGCAUACUGCUGCUAUAUAUGUUGGUUUGUCUUGAACUUUAGUGGAGUUCAGUGAAUUUAUAAAUUCCAUUCAGAUGUUUAGAAUAGUUUCAGUAAUCAAUCUCUUCUGUAAAACAUGGUGUUUCAAUGUGUUGCAUCUGUAAUACAUUUCCUAUCUGAAGUUCAUUAUGUACUGAGUUGUGUACACUGAUUGUUUAAGAUGUUUUACUCAUGUUAAUGUUUCAUGAUGAGUCAUCCAAUCUGUGUAAUGGGUUGGUCAAAGUGGAUCAUUGUGUCAAGCCCCUGUCAUUUAUUUUAUAUAUGACGCAUGGAGCCACUGGACAAUUGUUUUAGUAAAGUCAGUAUUUUAGGCUUGGACUUAACUUCUGUUCAAAACCUAUUUACCGCUAUUGGUUUCAUGUUACUUGUUCCAAUUUUAAUAAAUUCACUCCCGAUAAUA